AUGGGAAAUGCUUGUGUUAAUGGGAAGAUUGCUAAGGAUGGGUUUCUUCACACAGUUUCACAUCUGUGGUGGCCUAACUUACCCCAGCUAUUUUCGAAUGAUCAAAACAAAGAAAAUCGUUGCGAAGGGCCAUCUGCAGUUCAACAGUUAGAAUGCCCUAAUCCUGUUCUGAAUACACCCCCUGAAUUGGUGAAGAUUGAAAAGGAGGAACUUCGACCAGAAAAGCCCACACAAGCCGAGGCAAUGGUGAUUGUAGUGAAGGAGGAUCAAAAACCACCUCACUCUAGAAAAUGGGAAGAGGCAAUCAAAACUGAUGAGAGAAAACCAGUUCAAAAUCCUGAGUCUGAACAGGUGAUCAUGGUAGAGAAUGACAAGCCGAAACCAGUGGAUCUACCAAAGCCCAAGAAACCCGACAAUGUUAAGAGAAUGAUGAGUGCAGGUCUUAAUGUGGACUCAGUGCUAAGAACCAAAACAGGGCACCUGAAGGAGUACUAUAAUUUGGGCCAAAAACUUGGUCAUGGGCAGUUUGGGACGACGUUUCUGUGUGUGGAGAAGACAACUGGAAAAGAGUACGCAUGUAAAUCUAUUGCGAAGAGAAAAUUGUUGACUCCGGAGGAUGUGGAGGAUGUGAGGAGGGAAAUUGAGAUCAUGCAUCACUUGGCUGGGCACCCAAAUGUCAUUUCAAUCAAAGCGGCUUAUGAGGAUGCUGUGGCCGUUCAUGUCGUGAUGGAAUUGUGUGCAGGAGGGGAGCUCUUUGACAGAAUUGUUAAAAGAGGACAUUAUUCCGAGAAACAAGCAGCCGAGCUUACCAGGACAAUAGUUGGUGUUAUUGAAGCCUGCCAUUCUUUGGGAGUCAUGCACCGUGAUCUCAAGCCCGAGAAUUUCCUAUUUGUCAAUGAGGAGGAGGAUUCUCCUAUAAAGACGAUUGAUUUUGGGUUAUCCAUAUUCUUCAAGCCAGGGGAUAUAUUCACUGAUGUGGUUGGUAGCCCGUAUUAUGUUGCUCCAGAAGUGCUUUGUAAGUGUUAUGGACCAGAGGCGGAUGUCUGGAGCGCUGGUGUGAUGAUUUACAUUCUUCUUUGUGGUGUGCCUCCAUUUUGGGGAGAAAGUGAGCAAGAAAUAUUUGAAGAAGUUUUGCAUGGUGAUAUUGAUUUCUCAUCAGAUCCUUGGCCUAAUAUCUCUGAAAGUGCCAAAGAUCUAGUGAAGAAAAUGCUUGUGAGGGAUCCAAAAAGGCGGUUGACAGCUCAUGAAGUUCUUUGCCACCCUUGGGUGCAGGUUGAUGGAGUAGCCCCGGAUAAACCUCUUGAUUCUGCAGUUUUAACUCGGUUGACACAGUUUUCAGCUAUGGAUAAGCUUAAGAAAAUGGCUCUUAGGGUCAUUGCCGAAAGUCUCUUAGAAGAAGAAAUUGCAGGGCUAAAAGAAAUGUUCAAAAUGAUAGAUACAGACAACAGUGGUUAUAUUACUUUUGAAGAACUAAAGGCUGGACUGAAACGAUUUGGAGCAAAUCUUGAUGAAUCUGAGAUAUAUGAUUUGAUGAAGUCUGCAGAUGUUGACAACAAUGGUACGAUUGAUUAUGGGGAGUUUAUAGCUGCAACAUUGCAUCUAAACAAAAUUGAGAAGGAAGAUAAUCUGUUUACAGCUUUUUCAUAUUUUGAUAAAGAUGGCAGUGGUUACAUUACACCAGAUGAGCUUCAAAAGGCUUGUGAAGAGUUUGGCAUAAAGGAUGUCCACUUUGAAGAAAUGAUUCGAGAGGCUGACCAAAACAACGAUGGACGAAUAGAUUAUAACGAGUUUGUGGCGAUGAUGCAGAAAGGAGAUGCAGAUUUAGGUAGGAAGAGGCUACAAAAUAAUUUUAACAUUGGAUUUAGAGAGGCAAUGCCAGUUUGUUAA